AGGACGGCAGACAGUUAGUGGAGCUGUACCACCAAUAACGAACCAAGACCCCAAAAUAAUAUGAUUUGGACGGGGAUGGCGCAUCUCGGAAGCCAUCCCCGCCCGAGUCAACUGGCGGAACAUCAGUAACGCCGCGUUCCGAUCCAGAAAAGCCCAUCACGCUACACAAGGCACGGCCCGGCACAAAGAAAUAAAGAAAGAGGGGGAGGUUUCUUUCGAUCGAUUAAUCCUCCGUGAUCCACAGCUCAAUCACACUCUGUGACUCUGGCCCCAUCGACAAUGACACUUCAAGAGUCCCAGCACGAGGGUAACUCUCCGCCCCCAGGCUCGGAGCCUGUUAUCCAGAUCCAAGAUGCUAUCGCUGCAAGUGACGACGACGAUGCCGACUCCUCAAUUGGCGAGGAAGUAGAGCCGUCGGUCGUUUCAAUCUCUUCGAGUAUUUUGGCUUAUCGACAGGAAAAUGGUCGAAGUUAUCAUGCUUUGAGUAGUGGGAAAUAUGUCCUGCCGAAUGACGAAGAAGAGAAUGAAAGACUGGAUUUACAACACGAGCUUUAUGUUCGAACGCUCGAUGGUGAGCUCGCUGUAUGUCCCAAAGCGAAAGGCGCGAAUCGUGUCCUCGACAUGGGAACAGGCACUGGCUCAUGGGCGAUUGACUACGCUGAUGCAAAUCCUGAAGCAGAGGUCAUCGGCGUUGACCUAAGCCCAAUCCAGCCAGCUCUCGUUCCACCAAACGUGAGCUUCGAAAUAGACGACCUCGAGAAAGAAUGGACCUGGACCAAGAAAUUCGACUUCAUCUUCGCCCGUAUGAUGCUCGGCUGCUUCACCGACUUUCCCCAAAUCAUCAGAGUCGCUUUCGACAACCUCGAGCCCGGCGGCUAUCUCGAGCUCCAGGAUAUGUCACUCCCCGCGCGCUCCGACGACGGAACCCUCCACCCAGAGAGCUACCUCUCCAAGUGGUGCAGAUCCUGCUUCGAAGCUGGUCAGAACCUUGGCCGUCCCGUAUUCCCGACAACAGAGUAUAAGAACUACCUCGCUGCUGCGGGGUUCGUUGAUAUCGUCGAGGUUCAACAGAAGUGGCCGACGAAUCCGUGGCCGAGAGAUAAGAAGUUCAAAGAGUUGGGGGCGUGGGCUUGCGCAAACAUCGCUGGUGGCUUGGAUGGCUUGUCGUUGGCGUAUUUCACAAGGGGGCUUGGGUGGUCGACUGAGGAGACGAGGGUGUUUUGUGCGCAUGUGAGAAAGGAUUUGCAGAACCCCAGGAUUCAUGCAUAUUGGCCUAUCUACUUUGUCUAUGGUAGAAAGCCACUUACGCCUGCAGGGUCCCCGUAAUACCUGUAUCGGCUCGGAUAAGAUAUGGCAGAGUCAACUAUGAGUAGUGUAAUGACACUGAUGAGAUUAUGAAUGGCUACAAUGAAUAAAAGUCCACAGUCAGUGACCUAAUGAUGUUCCCUGCGACUCAUGAUUAGCCAGUAGUUGGCUGUGCUGGUUAAUUCUCACUGUGUAUGACGCAUCAUAA